AUCAACAGCACAUAUCCAUGUUUAACGGGACAAUGGAAAUAUCAUGUGUAUGACUUCUUCAGUAAACACAGAUGUUGUGGAUAUGUACGUUUACGAGGAACUAUAAAUAAAACGUUUGUCAUCGGAGAACACGGGACACUCCACUAUGGACGUGAAUUGGAUAAUGUCCAGAGAAACCGAAGACAUGUGUUAAUAGUCAACAAUUUAACCACCAUUCCGUAGUGUUGAUAAGAAUAAACCGCAUUAACCUGAUGCAAUAGGUAAGGAACAUCUCAUUUCCAUCAAAUCUGCGCAUUUUUAAGAUUUUUAGACGGAGGCUGACAGGCGGUCCACCUAUUACUCCUGACUUGUAAGUCAUCGUGUUGGACAACACCUACGCAGCAGAGUUAAGGUGUUCCGAGUAAAGUUAAAACAAACAUCAUACAAUGUACCUCCGUGCACUUCAUACUAUAUGACGUCAUAAUAUAAAAGUACGUCAUGACGUACUGUAUCGCGGGGAAAAUGUCAUAAUAUUUUCUAGCUAUUUACUGCCCUUAUCUAGUGUUCAAGCUGUAUGUGUUUAAAUAUGUUUGUCAGAUGAUUUUUUACCAGUUUUCUUCGAUAAUAUGUCUCAUAUUUUUAUAUAUAGUAUGUGCACGAAAGACUGUAAAAUAAUCUUUACAUCACUUUGUGACCUUGAUAUCGCCCCCGAUGUGUAUAGCCAUUUGGAAUAAAGAAAACCAACGCAUGUACAUAUCGACUCGGUACAGAUGGAAGAUGACAAUAUUUUAUUUCGAUCAAGGCAUAUUCAGAAAGGUAACUAGAUGCAGAUUUAGGAUUUUGAUACGGAAGGUACAAUAUUCUGCCUCGUUUAGAUACGAUUUGGAUGUAAAUAUGGAAAGUGCCCAACAUUUGAGUUGAGAUUAUGGAAAUUACUAUAUUUGAGAGGAUAUUGUACCGAUCCGUAUUACUCUUUAAAUUUACCAUAUCAAUGUCGACAUAUCAAGCCCAAACUGCAAAUGAUUUGAGUGCAUCUUUCACCUGUACCGAGGUGAUAAACAACAAAAAGUCUAGCGGAUAAAAAUAGCUCUACGUGACCUGUAUGACGACCUAAUAGUUAAGCAAAGUAUUUCCCCACGUGAUACGAUGUUUGUUUAUGUAUUGACAAACGAUUUUUACUAAAAAUAUGCGACGCUUAAAAUAAUUUUACGUUUAUAUGAAUAUGCUUUUAUUACGUGUUAUUUUACUCGGGACACCUUAGCCGCACUGUGUAGUGUAAGCACUAGCUGUAGGUUGAAGCUGUAGAUUUAAGCUGUAGGGUUAAGCUGUAGAUUUAAGUAGUAGAUUUAAGCUACUUACUUGAUAUCGCUCCAUUUGACCAUGUACUUGCGGUAAAGCCCACCUUUUUUAUCCCGAGAGCUUCUACGAAAUGACAUUUUCCUGAGAAAGUAUUUUUUUUAUUAUAGACCUAUAGAAGACGAAUUCGAAACCUUGCGGUUAGUAAAUUAAUGAAAUCUCGGAAUUCCAUGAGGACAGCUUGUGUCGGUUUCUGAACAGAUCUGAACUCGCGUGAUUGUAUGCUUGCUAGGCUUUUCAAUGAUCUCGCUUUAUAAAUAUACUCUUAUCAUUUGCGUUGAUUAUUACAACUUAGAGUUUCUCUUUCAACAAGCUUCGCGUCAAAUUAAUAAUUGAUAUAAAAUUUAAAGAUGAGAACAAUUAAAAAAAAUAAUAUGUUGAUAAUUUGAAAGUGUUUGAAUGGUGGAUUGAAUAGCGUAUUGUACAUUAUUGAUACGUAAAUAUGAGACAGGCUCUCUCUCUCUCUCUCUCUCUCUCUCUCUCUCUCUCUCUCUCUCUCUCUCCCCCCCCCCCUCUCUCUCUCUCUCUCUCUCUCUCUCUCUCUCUCUCUCUCUCUCUCUCUUAAAUCAAAUAUCAUCUGUGGUUUUAUUCUGUAUCUGUGAAAUAAGCCAUUGUUUUUUAUGAAUAUCAGUGUUCCAGAGUUGUUUUAGGCCCAAAAGCAUGGAGGAUGAAAGAUCCGUAAAAUUGGAACAAGGAUUAAAACGGAAAAGAACUGAUGAAUUUGUCCACAAUAAAAAAUCAAGAUGGGACACACUUAAAAACAAGAAUGAAAAAACAUCGAAAUCUACGACAGAGGAAUAUUCAGAGAUCAAUGGCCCUUCAGAGAAAAUAGUUCAAAAGUCAUUAAGCCCAAUUAAGUGGAAGCAUAUCAUUGAAGGGAUUAGGGAAGACGACGGAUCAUUAAGGGAGGGAACACUAUCCAUACCAUCGCAUUCUGGCAAACAUGGAUCUUCUUCAAAAUAUUCAAAACAAGAGUCUGUACCAGUUGAAAUCCCAGUAAACCGAGCCGAUACGGGGUUACACGGUGAGAACGAUUCUGUAGAAAGAUAUUUCUUUGCCAACCAGAGGACCACGACAUGCGUAAAGGAUAGAGUAACGGUUGCAAAUAUAUUAGAGACAUCUGAUAUAAAACCCGAGGUACAUAUUGAACAGCUCGUAGAGGCGACAACUAACAACGAUAACAAGGAUCUUGAAAUUUCUGGUACGUCGACACAGCUUGACAAUGAUGAAACAGAGGGGAAACAGGAUGAAUAUAUUUAUAGAAUACUUCGCUUUAGAGAAGGUUAUACGGGGGGUCUUCGUCCGAAAAAUAUAUCAUCUGAAAUAAGUAUAGAGAAACAUGUUGCGGAAGGAAGCAAAGGCACUAAAUCCAAAUAUAUUUCCUGUUGUAAAACGCUUGAAGGCGUAGAAGAACUUGGAGAAAUUACGAACGAAUCCAAACGGGUACGUCGUGUUGUAAAGAUCAAUGUCACAAAAAUUAGAAAGCAUAGCAGCGAUAUUGAAAUCAUAGACCUGACGGACACAAAGAUUCGAAGAAAACAUAUUGAUCCUGACUCAAAAGCGUGGGGAUAUGCAGAAAGGUUUGAGGAAGUAAUUCUAAGUCCCGCUUCGCACAUUCCACCGGAAUAUGUCAAAUAUAUUGGCAAAAUUCGACACAGAACAUUUACGCGAAUUGAUGAUGCAUAAUGUGUAAAAUACUACAUGCAUUAUCAUGAGACAUUUAAAGUACGGCAAAAUUAAUAUUAUUUCUGAUUUUCUAGAAAAUAUCAAUACGAUGUCUGUUAUGAAAUGACCUGUAUAGACCAUGGAUAAAGCAGGUCUUCUGUACUAAUGUUCUAAAAUGCACACAUGAAAUUAGAAUUUUGCUUUAUAGUUUAUACACCUUGCGAUUGAACAAUGUCUACACCGUGUGUGAUAUAACAAUUCCUACACCGUGUGUGAUAAAACAAUGCUUACACCGUGUGAUUAACCAAUGCUUAGACCGUGUGUGAUAGAAGAAUAACUACACCUUCUGUGAUAUAACAAUGGUUACACUUUGCUUUAUAGUUUAUACAACGUGUGAUUGAACAAUGCCUACACCGUGUGAUAGAACAAUCACUACACCGUGUGAUUGAACAAAGCCUACGUCUUGCGUGAUAGAACAAUGCCUACGCAACUAGGUUAAGGGCUUCCAUAGUAAAAUGCACAAUAAUCAUGGGGUGAAAUUGCACUUCAAAUUCACAAGUAUCAUUACACUUCUUACGGUUAAACACUGAAACGAUACUACCGAUAUGUUGACUACGAAUGAGCUACCGUGAAUUCCCUUCAUGGUAAUUUCCUGUUACGUCAGUUGAAUAUCACGUAACACUUUAUUUUGGAAAACAGCAAGCGGUCCUACUUGUGAACAAAAGUUCAGAUUCAUGCGGAUAACCAGCUAAAUGUUUAUUGAAAUACUCAGAAAAGAAUAAAAAUCCUUAACCUGAAAAGUGUUGGGAACAAAUGCAUACUCAAACUAAACAUGCUAUAAUUUAACAACAUAUCAACAGUCAUCAGGGAAUUACCGGAGUUGUCCACAUUCUUAUACAUAUCAUACCGUUAAUAUACAAGACAGAAAGUGUUCCCCGUACUUUUCAAACGCGUGUAUAUGUCUAGAUAAUAUGUCAGAAAAAUCAUAUUGUUUUUUGUAGCAAAUGAACCUGAACUUUCGGACUGUUUCUGUAGUAUGUAAUUAUCUAUGUACAUGAAGGAAAAUUUAAACGCAUUAGUCAUUCAGAUUAGGGGCGAUGUCAAGGUCACAAUAUAAUAUGAAUAUCACUUCCGUGCAUACUAUAUAUUAAAACGGGAGAAUGAUUUGAUAUCAUAAAGGAAUAAUGUAAAUAAUCAUUUGACAAAAUAUGUUUUCACGUAUACAGCUUAUCACCUGAUAACAGUAGUAAAUAACGACAAAAUAUUAUGACACUUUCCCCGCGAUACAACUAUCAGAACAUAUACGCUGUGAACUGAGCUGCAUACACCGUAUGUGAUAAAACAAUGCCUACACCGUGUGUUGUUAAACAAUGCCUACAUCGUGUGUGAUAGAACAAUGCCUACACCGUGUAUGAUAGAACAAUGCCUACACCGUGUGUGAUAGAGCAAUGCCUACCCCGUGUGAUUAAACAAUGCCUGCACCGUGUGUGAUAGAACAAUGCCUUCCCCGUGUGAUUGAACAAUACCUACACCGUGUGUGAUUAAACAAUGCCUACACCAUAUGUGAUUAAACACAAAGAACAAUGCUUGCACCGUUUGAUAGAAUGAUACUUACACCGUUUGAUACAGCAAUGCCUACACCGUGUGUAAUUAAACAAUCCCUACACCGAGUAUGAUAGAACAAUGCUUACAUCGUUUGAUAGAACAAUGCAUACACCGUUUGAGAAAAAAUGCCAACACCGUAUGCAAUUAAACAAUGCAUAUGCCGUGUGUGAUUAAAUAAUGCCUGCAUUAUGUGUGAUUAAACGAUGUCUAACACCGUGUGUGAUUAAACAAUGCCUACACAGUGUGUGAUACAACAAUGCCUACAUUGUGUGUGCUAGAACAAUACCUACACUAUGUGAUUGAACAAUGCCUACACUGUGUGUGAUAGAACAAUGCCUACACUAUGUGAUUGAACAAUGUCUACACUGUGUGUGAUAGAACAAUGCCUACACCGUAUGUGAUAGAACAAUAUUUACACUGUGUGUGAUAGAACAAUACCUACACCGUAUGUGAUAGAACAAUGCCUACACUGUGUGUGAUAGAACAGUGCCUACACUAUGUGAUUGAACAAUGUCUACACCACAUGAUUAAACAAUACCUGUAAAGCAUUAAUCAUAUCGUAAAGUUUCACUAAUGUAUCUGCUUUGCAAUUAAAAUUGGUAUAAUGUUAAA